CGCCAUGUGCGCGGCAGGGGCUGCGGGCGGUGGGCGGGCGGUGGCCCGGGGGCUCGUGAGCCAGCCCCUCAGCACGGCCGGCAUCCCGGGGCGCAGCGGGAGGAGGAGGAGGAGGAAGAACAUCGCCGUUGCCUACGAGUCUGUGCAGGGGGAUGGCACCGAGCAGGGGCCACCUGAGCCCCAGCGACCGCGUUGGGAGCCCAGGGCCUGGCGGCAGCAGCUGGAGCGCAUCCGGGAGAUGAGGAGGAGCAGAGACGCUCCCGUCGACGAGAUGGGAGUGGAGAAGUGUUACGACAGCAGCGCACCUCCACAGGUGAUGCGCUACCAAGUUCUGCUGUCGCUGAUGCUCUCCAGCCAGACCAAGGACCAGGUGACAUCAGCUGCCAUGCUGCGCCUGCGGCAGCACGGCCUCACCGUCGACAGUAUUUUGCAGAUGGAUGAUGCGACGCUCGGGCAGAUCAUUUACCCUGUAGGAUUCUGGAGGAACAAGGUGAAGUACAUAAAGCAGACAACAGCCAUCCUGAAGCAGAAAUAUGGGGGUGACAUACCAAGAACCGUGGAGGAGUUGGUGCAGCUGCCAGGAGUUGGGCCCAAAAUGGCCCACUUGGCCAUGAACAUUGCCUGGGACAGUGUGUCUGGGAUAGCUGUGGACACCCAUGUGCACAGGAUCACAAACAGGCUGAAGUGGGUGAAGAAGGAGACCAGAUACCCCGAGGAAACUCGGGCAGCGCUGGAGGACUGGCUGCCCAGGGAUCUCUGGAGGGAGCUAAAUUGGCUCUUGGUGGGCUUUGGCCAGCAGACCUGCCUGCCUGUGAAUCCUCGCUGCAACGAGUGCCUCAAUCAAGACAUUUGCCCAGCUGCUAAGAGACGCUGAGGGAUCGUCUAGUCUUCGUAGAGCAAAAAAAGCUGCUUGGGCUCAGCAGCAGCCCGGAGCCAAGCCCCGGUAACACUGCGCUUUGCACGGGGCUGACUGUGUGACUGCCGGGGAACAGGAGACUGCUGCAGCCAGCUCAGCAUCUCUGGGCAGGGAGCAGCCGCUGGCAAGGGCUGAGCUCUCGAGAGGAAAAAGGGUCUUGCAAAGCGCAGCGGUCCUGCUGCGUCGGUGCGGAAGGCUCCAGCCCCCGUGUGAAUGCCUGAGCAUGCCCCAGUGGAGGAGCAGGCUGGGCCGCCUCGGGAGAAGUGCUUUGUCCUAGGGGACUCGCUGCUGCUUGUAAAUACACAUUUAAUAAAGGUGGUGGUGGUGGUGGGGGGGUGGUUUUGUUUCCAGCCGUGAUGUUUGCUGGCAUCUGUGCAACGCGGGGCAGGGGGAAAAGAGCAGGGGUGACCUCACUGAAGCAGGAAACCAUCACAAGCAGCACACAACCUGCCAGGCCUGGGCAGCGAGGGGGCUUUGCAGUGAAUAAAACACGACUGAAGCCUUCACGAGCCCGGAUCAGAGGCAGCCACUGCCUGGAUGAGUGACCUUGGAGCAGAAGAGCAGGGGGGGGUAACGCAGAGCAGGGUCAGGCAGGAGACAAGCCAGCGUCGUGCUCGGUUGUGUGUGUGCCAGCAAGGGUUACAGUGGCCACGGGAGCCAGGCUCCUGUGCGCCUCAGAAGCUGACAGAAGGGACAUCACCACCGCCUGUGUUUUGUUCUUCAAAGAAAGGGCAGUGCUGACUUCAUUGUAGAGCUUCAAAGGGAUGAUUUCAGCUACUCUUUAAACAGGCAAGGGAGGAAGCAAAGUUUAUAAUGUGCUAAAGGCAGCUGUAAUUCCGCUCUGAAGUUCCCCACCAAAGAGAUGAGGAAUGAGCAAAUAAGUACUCGGUACAUGGGAAAACGAAGUUUAUUACUGACAUUACAGUGUACAUUAUGUUUUUACAAUGCAGCUGACAGCCUUAUACUUCAUUGAUUUUUUUUUUCCAAGUUAAAUGUACAGGAACUGAAUAAUUACUACUGAGCUACAAGAUGUCAGAAAUACAGUAAGUGCUUUAACCAGGAGCAGUUUCCAUGGAUUAAGCAGAGAUUAAGAUUUUAAAAUCUUACCAGUACAGCUUUGCACACCUGAUUUCUUUUGACCUGCAUUCAAAACUACAUGUUCUUUCUCGUUUCCCCCCUCUACUACGGCGGUCCAGUCUUGUACAAGAGCUGGGGUAUUUACAAAGAGGUCUUUGCUCUCUGACAUGCAUCGGAGAGUGCGACGUUUAGCUCAGUGUAACGGGGGACGCUCUGCCCUGCGGCGACCGGGGCGCUGCCUGGGGUUUGGCUAUGCAGGCACAGGAAGCAACGUGCACACCAUGAAAAAGAAGGGCUCCUUCAAAAGAUUACUCAUCGAUAGAAGCAAAUAUUUUGGAGGCCAAAAAGAGCAGGCUAUUGUCUUUGAAGUGGGGUAGGGAAGAGGUGUCCUGUGAAUGGCAGAGUCCUGGAGGGGAGGCAAACCUCUGCAGCCUGAGCUGUCAUCCCGCUGCCAUUGCCAAACCGCCACCACUUCCUCUCCAAAGCCAUUAUUUUCAACCCGUUCAGCCCAUCAACGUUCCUACAAGGUAACUUUCAUAAAAGAGAGAACUCAUCUCCUUCACCCCUGAGGCCUUCCGUGCUCCCCACGCUGAAGCCAAAUGUCCUGGCUCUGCUGCUGCGGUCCCCCUGCCCUGCACCAACCUGCCGCUGUGCUGAGCCCCAUCCCACUGCCGAGGAGAGCAGUAAAUGUUGUAAAUAAGGCACCUUUUAGCUCAAUACUUGGGAAACACGUUACAAUAUCCGUAGCACGCUAACCCAAAAGGCCCUGGGCUUGUAACAGCAGUGCUGGAGUACAGCAGGGCAAAAAUCACAGCCGUGUGUUUUCAAACGGUCGCCGAUGUCCGAGGGAUUGCUGCCGUUCGCUUUUAGCUGGGGAAAGGGGUUUUGUACUCGACUGUUCUGCUGUGCCCAGUCCCUUCCCACUUGCCUUGGCAUUUGAGCUGAAAUACCAGGCGGCCACCACGGCCGGGCUUGGGGAGCUGCUGGUGUGCGAGGAGGGGGCCAGCCCCACCACGGCCGGGACCCUGCGCUGGUAAAACACCUCUGCAACCCCCGGGAGAGCGGUGGUGUUCAGCUUGGUCAUCUUCCCUCAUUUACAGCCCAAGGCAAGUCAUAAAGAGCUUAAAGGGGCUUAAUUUGUAACGCUUUAAAGAUACGUGUUUGAGGCUCUAAUACCAAGAGCAGGGUGUUUUCACAGGAGGCCAGAGAAAGCCGAAGCAACUGCCCACUCCAUCACCCCGCUGCCUGCUUCAUAGCCAGCCCCACGGAGACCCCACGGCUUCGGAGGACGCCUUCCCGACGGCGAGACCCAGACUCGGUUGUGCUCGUGGGCUGGAGGCACCAAACACCAGCCCAGAAGGAACAAACCAGGUGGGGACCGACCCGGACCCAGCCCGCAGCCGGAGCCGGAUCCCCGCGUUCCUCCCUGGAAACGGGCUGGGUCGGGCUCGCUUUCGAGCCUGUCCAAAGAGGUUUUGUAGCAUCUUGUGGUUCUUGUCUUUUUUGCAAAGCUGCUGGAGCCGGGUGGCAGCACCGUUCCCAGCACCGUGGGGCAGGACUGGCCCCGCUCCCUGCCUUCCCCCGCCGCUCAGCGCCGCGUCGAUGGCUGCAAAUGGUGAAGCCUGUGGCAUUUGGGCUGUUGGGGUUGGGUUUUGUUUUUAAAUCCUGCCCUCUCCCCUCUGCAGAGCUGCCGGGGAUGAAAAAGGGGCCUUUACUGCCAGGGCAGAAGUCACUGGUGGGGAGGGAGGUUCCUAAACUAGCUGGAAACAUAUGGGACUUCAUUAAAAAAAAAAAAAAAAAAAAAAAAAAAAAA